AUGGUUAAAUCUAAGAAAACUAUUCUAUUUUUUCUUUCAACAAUACCAAAAGAUUUUGAAGAUAAACUUUUAUAUGUCUGUUUAUGUGCUUUUAUUGCAGUUUUUAUUAUUAUUAAGAUAAUAAAUGUUUUUAUUCUUAUUCAAAUCAAAAAUGGUGAAUGUGCAACAACAGCAUGUCCUGAUAUGACAAAAAUAUCAUUUGCCCAACUUCCAUUAUCAAUAAAAAUUAUGGAAAUUUCCAGACCACUAGGAGGAACAUUAAGUUUAAUGAUAUUUGAAAUUAUAAUAAUAAUUAUAAAUGGAAAAUUAAAAAAAAAUACAAAAUUUUUGAUAUAUGGAAGUUUAGUUAUAUGUUCAAUAAAAACUUUUAUAUCAUUAUUAGAAGCUGCUUCAAAUUUAGAUUCAGGAAAAUAUAUAAGAAAAGGUUUAACAAAUGGAUUAAAUUUUACAAAUUCAUUUUUUAUAUUAAUUGAGAUAUUGAUACUUUAUGGAAUAAUUCCUCUAAUUUAUUAUAGGUAUCGUAUUCAAUUAAAUGACAAUUUUUUUAAUGAAAAUGAAAAGAUAAAUUUAUUGAAAAAGUCUUUACCAGAAAACAAUUUAAAAAAUAAAGGUGAAGAUAGUGAUGCUACUACUGUAAGUGAUGAGGAUAAAUAA